ACAAGAAUGUAUGAUUUCCCAAACAGGAUAGAGAAAAAAAGAAAAAGAAAAAGAAAAAGCGGGGAAAGAAGAAAAGAGCUCAUCCAAAUGAUCCAUGGGAAAACUCCUCAACUUCAUCCAGUUCAAGUACUGAGGAAGAAGAAGAAUAUGACCUAGAAGAUGAAGAAGAUGAAAAUCUUGUGUUCAAGAGUGACCACGAGUUUUCUCCAGAAUCAGAUGUCGAAGAAGCUGAUGCUCAGCCAAUUAAAAGAGCAAGAACAGCAAAGAAAGUCACAAGUGAAAGUGAAGUUGAGGACCAACCAGAGGAGGAAGAAGAGGAAGAAGAGGAUGAGGAGGAAGACCAAACCCAAUGUACAAAAUGUGGCCAUGAUGAUCAUCCCGAGACCAUCUUACUCUGUGACAACUGUGACGCAGGCUGGCAUCUUUCCUGUCUCCGCCCACCUCUUCUUAGUGUUCCUGAAGGGGACUGGAUUUGCCCUUCUUGUGAACAUGUUCUGCUCGUCAGCAAGCUGAAAAACCUCCUAAAUGAGUUUGAUGAGUGCCAGAAACGGGCUCACAAUGAAGAAUUAAGAAGACAGAGACUUGCUUAUGUCAGUGUUUCAAUGUCUAAUGUCCUGCCUGAAGAGAAGAAGAAAAAGAAGAAGCGGGCAGAGGAUGGGGAAGAUGAUGACGAUGACGAUGAGUCUGGAAGCGAAUCAGAUUCAGAUCAGGAAUCAGACAGUGAAAGUGAUGAUGACAGUAGUUCAUCUAGUGAGAGUUCAUCAGGAUCCUCAGCACCUCUUUACACUCUAAGAGCUCGCAGUGCUCGAACCUUAAGGGAACAGGUUGAGGACUUUGAUGAAAUGAUAAAUGAAGCCAUCAGGGAUGAAAUGGAAGCAGCAGCAGGAGCGGGGAAUGCGGGCAGAGGUAAAGACAUUGACAACAUCAUCCAAGCAAACGAUGAAGAGAUGAUGGAAACUGAAGAAGCGGCCAUGGAGGAAGAAGUGAAAGAUGAAGCUGAUUGGGAAGGUAAAGAAUGUGUGGAUGGCCAUGGGAAGUUGAAAGAGGGGGGAGAAGAUGAGGAAAACGAGAAUGAGGAAGAAAAGCAAGAUGAAGAGGAAGAUGGAGAAGAAGAUAAGCUGAAGGAAGAAGAAGAUGAGGAUGAGGACGAUGUUGCUCCUAAGAGAAAGAAGCCCAAACCACCACCAUCAGAACAUGAUGGUAGUGGCAAUGAUGAGGACUAUCAUGAGAGUGAUGAGCAAAAUGAAGAGGAUUCAGACUCAGAUGACAUGAAAAAUAUUAGAAAACGUGGGAGGAAGAUGUCAAACUUAGUAGUAAAGAAGAAGCGACGGCUAACAGACUUAGAUGCUGUGGAUGAAGAUGAUGCCAGUGAUGAAGACUUCAUAAAUACAAGUGAGGAGGAGGAGGAGGAGACUGAGGAGUCAGUGGAAUCAUCAUCAUCAUUGGCAACGGAGGUGGAGAGUGAUGACUCAGAUGUUGUCGGUUCAAAGAGAAGACGUAGCAGUAGAUGGGAGAACUUGCCACUACGUCGUUCUGCCCGUAAUCGACGAGGUGGAGAUGAUUAUGAUAGUGAAAUGGAUGAAAGAGUUUCUAAAAAACAGAAGAAUAAGAAGAAGAAGAGACGAAAACAGAGUUCCAGUGAAGAAGAUGAGGAUGAACUUAGUUCAGACAGUGACAGAAGUUAUAGAAGGAGAAAGAAAGUAAGGAAGAGACCCCAGCCUAAAGUCAAAGGUCGCAGAGGUUCAAAUAAAGCCAGAGGUGGAAAGAAAAAUGCAAAAUCCAAACAAAAACAGAAAGCUAAAAACCCCGCAGGAGAUGAUAAAGAAAAGAAACCGAAAAUAAAGUACUCAAAGCCACCCAAGCCAAAAGACGAAGAUCAAGAAGAAGAAACUCUUGCCCAGCGAAGAGUGACAAGAGGACGGCAAGUUAACUACUAUGAUGCUCUCCUAAUGUCAGAUGAAACAGAAGAGGAAGAGGUGGGUACCAAGCCCCAAAAGAAAUGGAGAGGGAAGGUGAUGAAAGGAGAACGAGUUCCAACAGAGAGCAGUGAAUAUGAAGCUUCCGACGAUGAAAGAAUGAAACGCCGAGGAGUCAGUGGUGGUCUUGGGCGGGGCAAAGUCAUGAAAGGGGAAGAAGAGGAUGAGGAGAAUAAGUCAAAUAAAGGGAAAAAGAAAAGAGGUCGACCAAAGAAGGAUGAAUUAAUUGGAAAGCCUUCUCCGACAAGACCAUCCACGAUCCAACCUACACCAAUUACCACCAUAGCAUCAGCAACAUUGGUACCUACUGCAGCAGCAGUACCGUCUACUCCUGCAGUUCCAGCUGUUCCAGCGGUUCCAGCUGUCCCAAGUGUACCAUCUAUACCAUCUGUACCUGCUGCACCUGCUGCUGCCUCUCCUGUUCACCACACUCCAGAACCUGUGGCAUCUGGCACCCCACCUCCUACAAACCCAGCUACUUUACAAACUAACACAGCUUUGCCAACUACCAUAGCAGUUUCUGCAAACAUUGUUGCUGCAGCUAACAUGGGAAGCAAUGCAGCUCCAAUUAAUUUAGGAAAUAAUAGUCCUGGUCAUCAACAACCUUUAGGUAAAUGGUCUCCUCAUUUGUCUGGUGUCAGUGGUGCUCCGGGCACACCUCCUAGGUCAGGGAUGGGUCCCUCUCCUGGUGCAGGAACACCACCAACCCUCCCUGGUUUAUCUGGGGCUCCUGUUACAGCUUCACCACCACCACCCUACAGAUCCUCACCUCUGCCAUUAACCCCUAGUGGACCAGGAGUACCUCCUGGUAGCACAGCACCUAGUAAUAUGCCCCCAGUUGGACCCCCUACAUCAACAGUGGUUCACUCACCUGGUUAUCCACCUUACAGACCUUCAGAACACUUCCCAGCUCAUCCAGCCUUCUCUGGAUAUCCACCACCUGGCAGACAUUCUCCUAAUCCACAUGGGGUACCAUCAAGACACCCAGCACAUUUACCACCUGGACAUUCUCUUCCUCGCAUGUCUGCUAGUGCAUACGCCCCCCCACCACACCCUAGUGGUCCGGGUCCAUAUCCCCCAAGAGGUGUUCCACCUCAUCCAGGCGUAUUGCGAGGACCACCACAUGAUUUGUACAGACCACCACCAACCGGUCAUCCUGGCCAUGGAUCACCAAGUCAUCCUGGCCAUCCCCAUCUUGUGAUGAAAUCUAGCUAUCCUGGUUUAGAACCGUUACCCUAUGCUGGAUCCCCUGGCCCGAGUCCAGGCCCCAUUGGGCUUCACCAGGGAGCCCAGGGUUCACCAGCUCGGCAGUCACCCAGUGAUGACAGCAAGGACGAAAGUCUAUCUUCUAAAGGGCCUGGGGAAUUCAGUAGUGGCUUAAUGUCCUACUUUUCUAGCCAGCGUGAUGAUGAUGUUGAGUAAUGUGGAUCAUUUCAGCUUAGAAUGGCAACUCUUCUCGGCAGUUUCAUGGAGGACAUGUAUUUACUCCCUAAUAUUUUUGUAUUCUCAUUUUUGUAAGGUCUCGAGCAAUGGCGCAUAUUUCAUGUUUCAUGUUGACUUAUUCUCAUUCAUGAUGGGUACUGACAGCAGUUACAAAAUUGAUUCUGUGCAUCUUACUUUCCGGAUCAGAUUUAUGAAUUUUGUUGUUUUUGGGUUGAAGCACAAAUUGGGUUCGUGCUGUUGUGGUUUUGAGACCAGACAUUUUACCUGAAGUAAAUUAUUAGUAAAGUGCAGAGAUAUUUUAGAUAUGAUUUUUUUGUGUCUUGUAUGUGUUGUAGUGCUGUACAUAGGAAGCUUUUUGUAUUUCCUUCAAAGGAUUCUGUAAAAUAAUGUGCAAAGUUACAAAGCUAUAAUAAAACUAGGAGAUAA